AUGGAGUUGCCUUGGAUUAUUGGUGGAGAUUUGAAUGUUGUGCUACAUGAAGAUCAGAAGAUCGGGGGACUGCCAGUUCACCCUCCUGAAUAUGAAGACUUUUCUUUUGGUGUGAAAUCUUUUGGGCUGUUUGAUUUAGGCUACAAAGGUAGUCCAUUCACCUGGACUGGAUCAGAUCAUGCUCCUCUAUUAAUGAGUUGUGGUGAACAAUCUACUUACUUCAUCAAGCCUUUUAAGUUCCUGAACUUUUGGACCAAGCAUGAAACAUUUAAGGAGCAAAAUCUAAAGAGGGUGAAGAUUGCUCUAUCCGAAAGGAGCAAGGAGACAUAUGGAGACAUAUUCAAACAACAUGCUAUUACGGAAUACAUUGUGAAGGUGAAGGAGAUCCUUUUUGAAGAAGAACCUACAGCUGAGAAUAGAAUAGUGCUUCAAAAAGCACAAGCUGAAUUGAAGAGCUACUUAAGCAUUGAAGAGCCAUACUGGAAGCAGAAGGCUGGGAUGAUAUGGUUUACUGAAGGAGAUAGGAAUACCAGAUUCUUCCACAAUCAUGUUAAGGGCAAGAGACAAAAGCUGCAAUUGAAAAGAAUACAAAAAGGGGAUGGAGUCUGGGUUGAAAGCCAAGAUGAUAUGGCCGUUGCUGUUGUGGAAUUCUACCAGAGGCAAUUCACUAAAGAAGCUGAUCCCACUGACUUCACUCUACUAGAAAAUAAGCCUGCUAUGGUGACAAUGGAGCAGAAUCUUGAAUUAUGUAGGUAUCCCUACUCUUGA